UGCCAGUGAGGACCUGGACUGUUGAACUGAAGAGCUUCCCUCACAGGCGUGACAACUGCCCUUCGACCCACCCUGCUACUUUAAAUGCUGCUCCCCCUGGGGGGGUGUCAGUGGAUAAAAUCCACCUGGCGCUCUCCAGGCUCCGCUGCCUGCGCUGGAGGCUCCUCCGGCCGCACCUGCCUAAGCGCUCCGGAGCGGGGCCACUCCAGUCCGGCACUUGGCGAGCGCCGGGGCGCGGGUCGGGAUACUCCUCUAUAAGUCCCAGGCUUUGAAGUCCCAGAGCGCCUGCAGGUGUUAGGGCUGCCACCUCGCGGGGAUCCGCGGCUGCAGGCCGCGGGUGAGGGUGCGGGCGCCCCUGAUCCGGACGCGUCGGGGCGCAGGGCCCGGCCAGCGCGCCAUGGGAGCGCAGCGCGCGCUGGGCAGCUUCGCCGUCGGCGACUACCUGGUGUUCGCGGGCGUGCUGCUUGUCUCGGCGGCCAUCGGCGUCUACUAUGCCUUCGCCGGCGGAGGCCAGCAGACCUCCACGGACUUCCUGAUGGGUGGCCGCAGGAUGACCGCCGUGCCCGUGGCGCUGUCCCUCACCGCCAGCUUCAUGUCGGCCGUCACCGUGCUGGGCACUCCCGCUGAGGUCUACCGCUUCGGGGCCAUCUUCAGCAUCUUCGGCAUCACCUACUUCUUGAUGGUGUUUCUCAGCGCCGAGGUCUUCCUUCCCGUGUUCUACAAACUGGGGAUAACCAGCACCUACGAGUACUUAGAACUUCGGUUUAACAGAUACAUCCGUCUCUGUGGAACAGUCCUCUUCAUUGUGCAGACAAUUCUGUACACUGGAAUUGUCAUCUAUGCCCCUGCGCUGGCUCUGAAUCAAGUUACGGGAUUUGAUCGGUGGGGCGCCGUGGUGGCGACCGGCGUGGUCUGCACGUUCUACUGCACACUGGGCGGCCUCAAGGCGGUUGUCUGGACAGAUGUUUUUCAAGUUGGCAUCAUGGUGGCUGGAUUUGCAUCUGUGAUUAUACAGGCAGUGGUAGUUCAAGGUGGCAUCGAGACGAUUUUAAAUGAUGCUUACGAAGGGGGAAGAUUAAACUUCUGGAACUUUAACCCGAACCCUCUGCAAAGACACACAUUCUGGACGAUUAUCAUAGGAGGGACCUUCACGUGGACCAGCAUCUAUGGAGUCAACCAGUCGCAAGUGCAGAGAUACAGCGCCUGCAAAAGCAGGUUCCAGGCAAAACUGUCUCUCUACAUCAAUCUUCUGGGACUCUGGGUGAUCCUCACCUGCUCGGUGUUUUGUGGGCUGUCCCUGUAUUCCAGGUACCGUGACUGCGACCCCUGGACAGCCAAGAAGGUGUCUGCAGAAGACCAGCUCAUGCCUUAUCUGGUUCUGGACAUCUUGCAAGAUUAUCCCGGAGUUCCUGGGCUUUUUGUGGCCUGUGCUUACAGUGGAACCUUAAGCACUGUGUCCUCCAGUAUUAACGCAUUAGCAGCGGUGACUGUGGAAGAUCUCAUCAAACCUCGUUUCAGGUCCCUCUCAGAGAGGUCUCUCUCUUGGAUUUCCCAAGGAAUGAGUGUGCUGUUCGGCAUGUUGUGCAUCGGAAUGGCUGCGCUGGCCUCGCUAAUGGGAGCUUUGCUACAGGCGGCUCUCAGCAUAUUUGGCAUGGUCGGAGGACCUCUUCUAGGCCUGUUCUCCUUGGGCAUUUUGGUUCCCUUUGCCAACUCCGUUGGAGCAUUUGUUGGUUUGUUGGCUGGAUUUGUCACGUCCUUGUGGAUUGGAAUUGGGGCUCAACUUUAUCCCCCACUUCCUGAGAGAACGAUGCCUCUGCACCUUGCCACGUACGGCUGCAACAGCACCUACAAUGCGACCGAUGUGGUGACCGCCACGGAAAUGCCGUUUUCUACUAGCGCUUUUCAAAUCCACAAUGUGGAAAGGACUCCACUGAUGAAUAACUGGUACUCUUUGUCCUACCUGUACUUCAGCACUAUUGGGACUUUGACAACAUUUUUUAUCGGGAUGUUUCUCAGUUUAUUAACAGGAGGAAGAAAACAGAAAUUAGACCCCAGAUUCUUACUAACCAAAGAGGACUUUUUAUCUAAUUUUGCUAUUUUUAAGAAAAAGGACCGAGUUUUAAGCUACAAAUCUCAUAUGGUGGAAGAUGGAGGAACUGAUAACCCUGCCUUCAACCACGUGGAAUUGAACUUCACAGAUCAAAGUGACAAGGUCAAUGGAACGCGGCUGUGAAGCAGCUCUAUGCGAGAUUUUAAAUCAUGUCUUAGUUUUGUAUGUUUUUUAGGAUAAUGGGAUCAGAAUUAGAUUUUUUUUCUGUCUAACAUGUAUGUUUUGGGGUCCUCAUUUUUGUUCAAGUCAAGUCCCAACUUUCUUCCCUUCCUACAGUGAUUUAUUAUGUUCCUCAAGAGUCAGGAGCUUGAGCCUCAGCCGUCCCCUCUCUCUUAUUUCAGUGGGGUGAAGUUGUGACUACGUAUGUGCCGAAAGGCUAACACAUAUCAGCAUGUGAUACUUGAUGGUCAGAGGCAUGUUCUUCACUUUGGGCAUUAUUGAAAAUAUUUUCCAUGCCUCUGCUGCUGGCACAAAACUUUCAGCAUUUGCGAAAGUCAUAAUCAAUGUUGAAAAGAGCUUUGUCCCUCCCACCACAUACUCUGUUUGUAGGGAGACGUGAAAUGACAGAUUCAUGUUGUGGGGGGCUUCCCUUCUUAUCCUGGCUCGGCCCAGGCCAGAGAGGGACCUUGGAACUGAUUCCAGGGCGGGAAGGUGGGAAUCAGGAAACAGAGACCCAAGCGACCGUAGAUUCCUGGAUUAUUUCUUGUGCCUUUGUGCGAGGAGCCGGGCCGUUGGUUGCCUGUAUUACUUAAGACUGUGGUUCUGAUCUGCAUUCCUAGUAUCUGGACCACUAAUUUGCCUUCCUAGUCUCCCAUUUCCCCUACUGCCCCGGCUUGGGUAUGUCUUCAGACGCCCACUAUGAAUCAUGCCACACAGACUUCACCGAGUUCACCCAGCCUGGAAAUGACAAACUCUCACGAGCCUGGUACUGAUUGGUGCACACUGAUGUGGGUUCUUUCAGAUUUGGUGACCCUACCACACUGUAUUUUAAAACAUGUUGAAGUUCAAGGUUGGGGCUGUAGCUCAGUGGUAGCGCACUUGCCAGGCAUGUGGAAGGCCCCGGGUUCCAUCCCCAGCGCUAGAAAAGAAAGUUAAUUUGCAUGGACUUAGCUGGCUUUACUUAAUACUAUUGAGUGAAACAAUGGAAUGUUAACUCAUUUGUAGUCAUUUGAAUUGGCUGAUGGUAGCUAUGCUUAGAAAUGUUGAAAUUUUAGCAUAUUCAAGUAGUUAAGCAUCUAAAUUAAAUAUCAGGUUGUACUAUAUAUUUUAAUGUACAACACUUACUAAAUAUCUGCUUUGAUGUUUUAAAAUUUUGUAUAUCAGUCUCAAAGUUGCUUAGUUGUUUAUAUUGCUGUUCUUAGCUAAGAGUUAAGUAUGAUAUUUCAUCAAUAACUUAUUUUUCUAUAAUAACCACAUUGGAUACUUUAAAAAGUUUUAAUAUUAUAAAAAAUUAUAAAAAGAUGAAAGAAGUAUUUAGAAGUAUAAAACAUACACCUAUUUUAUAAUUCAGUAAUUUUAUGCCUAUUAUCUGAUCCACUUUCUUUGGGAAACCAUGCUCUGUCCCCAGAGAGGUUUCGGACAUUAAGAAAUAAAUAAAAGAGGAAGUAGCAUAUCUCUAGAGAAAGAGAUUUACAAAGUAUUUAAAUUCACUAUAUAUUCAUAUAUUUCUUAUGCGUAUAAGUGCUAUUUUUAAUCACUAUAUUUGUAAACAAACAUCACAUUUUGUGAAUCUUCCCACAGAGGUUUCAUGACGUAUAAUCUUGUGUGUUUUAUGGUACUGUGAUUUGAACUACAGUUAUUUAUUUAAGAAUUCUAAAUGCAUAAGUUUUGUAGUGAUUUAAUUUUGGAAUCAAAAUCAGGCUUUUUAAAUGACUUUUUCUCUUAGCUGACUGCCUAGAAGUUAGGCAAUGUGUAAUUAUAAUUUUCUUUUUGGCCUGGAAAGUGAACUCAGGACCUCAAGCCUGCCAAGCAGGUACCAUGCCACUGAGCUAUACCUCUGGCCCACGCAGUGUGUUUUUAAUGAGAAAUAUAAUGCUUUUAUUCUUGUUCAUAUUCCUUAAUGAAAAGUACAUCUUUGUGCCAAUUGAAGCUAUCAGUGUUUUACAUUUAUGAACACACAGUGCCAGAUAGAUUUCUUCACAAAGCAAAGUAAUAUUGUUACCAAUUAAAAAUCAUUUAUCUGAAUUUCCAAAUUUUGGGGUAAAAUGUUAAAAUAGUAUAGUGGAAAGUAAGUAAAAUG